GUGCGCGGGCAGCGAAACGUCAAAAGUGCACGCAAUUAAAAAUACGUGCAUGUUUUGAUGGUGUACGAAAAAGUGGCGAGUGAUUUUAGUGAAAAAAAAUCUGAAAUAUACACAGAUUUGGUCAUUUAAAGUACCACAAACAAUGAAACGAAAUGAGAAGUUCGAAAGCGAAACGGGUUUCGAAGGAUGGGGUGACUACAUGGGCGCCAAAAUAUCCAAACUCGAGGACCAAUUCCGGCACAGUGCGGCCAACGUGGGUGAAAAGCUUUCGAACCUGUUUGCCGGCAUAUCAAUAUUCGUCAACGGAUACACCAAUCCUUCGGCCGAUGAACUGAAGCGUCUGAUGAUGCAACACGGCGGUACAUAUCAUCACUACAAACGGUCCACGACGACCUACACGAUUGCGUCGAACCUGCCGGAUGUGAAGGUCAAAUCAAUCACCUCCGAGGUGAUCAUCAGUCCCCGUUGGGUAGUAGAUUGUAUCGAACAGAAGCGAAUACUGGAUCACAGUAAAUAUCUGCUGUAUAGCAAUCAUAAGCCGUCGCAACCUAAGUUGGUCUUCGGUAAGCUUUCGAGUUUGGACGUACAAAAACCGGUCGUAAGACCGGACGGUAAAGACGAUAUCAGUAAGGACGAGUUUAUGAGCCUGUUGACCAAGCUUCAUGUACUUAACGAAAAGAUGAAGGCAUCCAAAAGUGCUGAAAAACUAUCCCAAGAAACGUCCUGUACUCCGACCACUCCUUCAGCAAAGUCCGGUCAAACGAAAAAACUAGAGUCCGAAAAAGUAAAGAAGCAGAUCUUUGCAAAAUCCCAGGACAACGAUGAGAAACAAGCUGGACCAUCAUCUCAAACCCAACCUACCCCAAACGAACCAAAGAAAACUUCUUCAAAGGCAUCGCUCACAGCGACGGACCCCAAUUUCUUGUCGGAAUUUUUCAACAAUUCCCGCCUUCACCACAUAGCAACUCUGGGAGCUGGCUUCAAGCAGUACGUCGGCGAACUCCGAGAGUCACGCAGUGCAACCUCGUUUCCGGAACGCGAAACUCUGCGGCAACUGCUUCCCGCACCGGAUGACCUAGGGGGACCACGUGGCCCAUUCGUUAUGCACAUCGACAUGGAUUGCUUCUUCGUGUCGGUUGGAUUGAGGAAACAUCCCCAUUUGAAGGGUCAACCGGUGGCGGUCACCCAUUCGAAGGGCUCCGAAGCCGGCAAGGUUCAAUCGCACCCGGGCCAGAACCGCUCGCUGGAGAUUGAACUGUACCAGAAGCGGCUGGAAGAACGCUACAAGACGCCGGACAUUCCCUACGAAUCGCGCCUGCUGAAUGUGGACGACAACAACUCCAUGUCGGAGAUUGCUUCGUGCAGUUACGAAGCGCGAAAGAUGGGCGUCAAGAACGGGAUGUUCGUCGGAUCGGCCUUGAAGCUUUGUCCGAAUCUGAAAACCAUUCCGUAUGAUUUCGAAGGCUACCGGGAGGUGGCUUUUACGCUGUACAACACCAUUGCCAAAUACACCCUAAACAUCGAAGCCGUCAGCUGCGACGAGAUGUUCGUAGACCUGACCGAUCUCAUCAACGAUGUCGGUGUCGACGUAAUGGACUUUGUUGGUUAUAUACGGGACCAGAUCAGGGAAUCCACUGAAUGUCCAUGUUCGGCCGGCGUUGGGGCCAAUCGACUACAGGCUCGCAUGGCCACCAAGAAGGCCAAACCGAACGGGCAGUACUACUUGGCGCCGGAGACGGUACUUGAGUACAUGCGAGAUAUUCCGAUAAGUGACUUGCCUGGAAUUGGUCCGAGCACAACGUACCGCCUGAAACAACUGUCGUGGAGCACGUGUGGAGAUCUGCAAUUCGUGCCGAUUUCUGUUUUGCAGCGCGAAUUCGGCAAGAAGUUUGGCGAUACGAUCUAUCAUGCCUGUCGUGGAGAGGAUGAUCGUCCCCUGGUUUACGAUCAGGUACGAAAGUCGGUUUCCGUCGACGUGAACUAUGGGAUUCGAUUCAAGGAGGAAGCCGAGGUGGAACGUUUUAUGAAGCAACUGACUGAGGAGAUUCACAAACGUCUGAUGGAGAUCAAGAAGCGAGGAAAAGUCAUCACGGUCAAAUUGCUCGUACGAUCCCCGGAAGCACCUGUCGAGACGGCCAAGUUCAUGGGCCACGGGCUCUGUGACAUUAUUACCAAGUCUCACCCAUUUAAGGAUUACACUUGUGAUCUAGCGGUGAUCGAGAAAGCAGUACUGAUGUUAAUGAAGCAGAUCGCAGCCCCUCCUCACGAACUUCGCGGCAUCGGACUGCAACUUUCCAAGUUUGACGAGAAGAAAUCUUCAGUGGAUUCAAAAAAUUCCUUGAAAACAAUGUUCGAAAAGGCAGCUGCGAAACAGGAAGCUACCAAACCUGAUCAACCAGUCCUCACGCCGACAAAAGUACCCCCAGCUCCCAAAACGGAAAUUACACCAAAGAAGAAAUCGCUAGCAACAACUCCAAAGAAAUCUAGGCCAACCUUACCAAAGGCGGGCCGAGGUCGUGGACGACCUCCCAAAACCCUAUCGAUGAACAACUCCAAACAAAACAACGACAUGAUGCGUUUUCUGAAAAACGCGAAAGGUGGUUCCAAAGAGCUUGAAAUUCCCGACGGAAUGGACCCGGAAUUUUUGGCCGCCCUUCCUGACGAAAUCCGCGCUGAAGUCAUCAAAGAUUACAAACUGCAACAAGCCAAAAAUCGUGAACCGUUGCUCGUCCAACCGAAGCCCAGGGAACUUUCACCGCAACCGUCUACUUCCGCGACCGUGCGUCCCGUUACAAAAUCUUCCCCAAUUUCCGAGGAAAAGAUCAGUGUAGAUUUGAAAUUUCUUCAGGCCUUACCACCGGAACUGCGUCAGGAAGUGGAACGGCAAAUCGAGCUACAGAAGGACACCAUGGUCAUCACCAGCAACGAACCGGAGUUCCACGAACAUCUGCAGGUUACACCGGAGUCGAGUCCGAUGAAGGAACGUCCGGAAGUUGGCGCUACAACUACCCCGCAGAAACCACCUGCACCUGAAGUGGAAGAAAACAUCUUGCUGCGCUCUGAUUGGCGAACUCUCCUAUCUGCAUGGGUCGAGAGUGGGGACGAACCGGAGGAUGAGGACGUGACCAUAAUUGCGGGGAACGCACGGGACUUGGUCAAUGGGAAGCGAUUGCAUGAGCUUCACCUGGCGUUGCGGUUUCUGUUUCGGAUCUUGGACGAACGUGAAAACUGUCGAUGGCAUCGGGCCUACGUCCGGAUCGUGGAAGCAGUGCAGGUUGUAAUGUUGGAAAUCUACCGUUCCAAAAUGGCUGUGUUAGAGAAAUUCGGAUGUGGUAAGCCGGAAUGCUGCAAUAGUUUAAAAUAGAAGAAUAUUGUUAUGUUUGCAUAAAUUUUAUUACACAAUUCGUAGAUCAAUUUAUUUCGUAGAUCCAUUAUUUAUACCCCUAUUUAAUACAAUACGUUUUAAAAGUAAA